AUGAGACGCUCUGUGCUCCUCGCUGUGUGGCUUGGCCUGGUGGUGAGCCUUUUGAAAGAACCUGCUGCUGGAACAACUGCUAAAUCAACAGUGUCGCCACCACCUACAGAAUCCACUACUGUAACUGAAACAGCUACUGAAACAACAGAGACGACAACCCCAGAACCUGCAGUGGAUUUCUGCCGUGGAGAUCCUUGUGGAAGAAAUUCGGCUACAUGUAUUUCCUUAAAUAGCAGCUAUAUCUGUGAGUGCCAGUAUGGAUUCUACUACAGCAAUGAGAAUUGUUACAGAGGGAAAGUAUUCCCAGCGAGCAUUUCAGUGAAAGCGCCUUACAGUGAUAGUCUUCAAAAUGUAAAUUCCAUGGAGUAUGAAGAAGUGAUCAAAAACGUAUCAGAUUUUUUUAAAAGGGCCUUCGAUAAAUCAACAACCUAUAUAGGAACUGUCAUCGUGUCAAUUAAACCUCAAAGAGAAAGCAGAAGUUAUACUCCACUGAAUGUAACAGUGACAAACCUGUUCACGUUGAACUCAAAUGAAAGUGAGGCCUCAGUUAAAUCUGCAGUACAGCUUGCAAUAACAAAAGAAAACCAGUCCUAUGUCAAUUUUUAUGAUGAGGCAAACUCUUGUGCUAUUUAUCAAUGUGACACGAAAACCACAGUGUGUCAAGGGGGCAUGUUUCCAGAAUGCAAAUGCAAACCUGGUUUGGAAAGGACAGAAUGGGAUGAUCGUUCUUGUUCAGUUUGCAGUAAAAGCUGUUCUGCAGAGAAUAACAAGUACUGCGUAAAAGAAGAAGAGGGUCCAAAAUGCAGAUGCAUGACUAACUUUAAAACGGAGGAUGAAAAAUGCGUGCCUUGUAGAGUGGGCUACUCUGGGGAGGAAUGCACUGACAACAGUGAGCUCAUCCUUAUAAUAGUGGGCACAGUGCUUGGAGCCAUUAUCCUGAUUUUAGUGAUAGCAGUCUCUAUUGUUUCAGUCAGAGCAAAACGCAAACAAAAUCCAGAGAAGACGAGCCUGAUAAAGCCAGGGUAUUCUGACAUCAACACCUCUGAUGACAGACCAAGCCUGUUCCCCAGGGUCCAGACCACUUCUGGCCAUGCAAACCCAGGAUAUCAGCCAAACAACCCGUAUGAGAUGCGUCCCACACAUAGAGAUCGUUUUCCAGAGAGGGAUUAUGAUGAUUUGUAUGAGAUAUCACGGGAGCCUAGGGGCUUCAGGACACAGAGCAGAUAUUGA